CAUCAGGGCACUGAUGAUCAGUGUAGCCCCUGCAGUGCCACCUGUCAGUGCUCAUCAGUGCCUCGUGCCAGUGCCACAUCAAUGUCACAUAUCAGUGCCUACCAGUGCACAUCAAUGCCACAUAUCAGUGCCCAUCUGAGCUGCCUUUCAGUGUCACCCAUUAGUGCCAGUCAGAGCCACCUAUCAAUGCCAAUCAGUGCCACCUAUCAGUGCGCAUCAGUGCCAUGCCUACCAGUGCACAUUAAUGCCACAUAUCAGUGCCCAUCUGAGCUGCCUUUCAGUGUCACCCAUCAGUGCCACCUAUCAAUGUCUAUCAGUGCUGCCAGUCAGUGCCGCCUAACAGUGCCAGUCAGUGCCACCUAUCAGUGCCAUAUAUCAGUGCUGCCUUUCAGUGCCCAUCAGUGAUGCCUGUCAAUGCACAUCAGUGCCACCUACCAGUGCCUCCUCAUCAGUG